ACUUACGGUUAUGUUGGACUCGUCUGAGAUGAACAUAAUACGAUGAGACUGAUGGAUGGGGGAUGAAGUGCUUUACCUCUUCGUUGUCCUUAGUUGCAAACGUACCGAAAUGCAUUACACACGUCGUCAUUUUACUGAAAGGUGGACUUAAUGACUCUUGACUUUUCUCGCGCUUCAUCACUCUGCAUUGCCAUAGCAUCCACACCAGUUUCCAUCUCAACGUUCUUCCCCCAUCUAUCUGCAUCUCAUCUUGGAGUUGUCCCCCAUGCAAAUGCUCGCUGCCCGCCACAUAUGCUUAGAAUGGCUUCAGUGUCUUGCAUGUUCCGUGACUACACAGCCCUGUUUGACACAGCAUCUCUGCUGCAAAGAAACACACAGUGGCAUUGCAUUAGUGUGUGCAUGCAGCAUUUUACCUCACUUUAUUAUAACCUGUGAUUUAUUAAGCUUCCUGCUAUGCACAGUCAACAUUCUUCGUAGUAUUUCCUUGAACCUCCGAUAUUUAGUAACUAAGCAUCAAGUCUUCUCCAAAAUGGACUUGUUAUUACUCAGGACGUCUUUUAUCAGUCUUUUUUCAAGGAGACAUUAUAUAUAAAAGGAGAUGAAAAGAAAAAAUGUAGUAUUUUAGUGUUGAGUUAGAAUUAGGUUUUUUUUGAGGGGAUCAAGUUCUGAUGAGAGAAAAAAAAUGAAUCCACACAUGCCCAUGCUCCAUACAUUCAGGACACAGUAUAGAAAACCCAACAGACUUCUCUCAAGGGAAGAUAAAAUCAAACUUAUUAAACUUGCCCUUGAAAAUCCAAAUCUGAAACAAAAGAAAUUGGAGAUGUUUUUGGUGUGGAAAGAUCGUCUGUUGCCAAGAUCCUAAAACGGAAGAAUGAGUACCUCUCCCCUGAUGUCAUUGACACCUUAACAGGAACAGCCAAACGUUCUCGCUCAGAAAGAGGCUUGGUGAAAGAAGCUUUUGACAUUCAUUGGAUGGAGCUAGAGCAAGUUGUAUACACCUGGUACCUGACCAGCAUUGCAGAAGAACAGGUCAUCACAGAUGACAACAUCCUUGAUAAAGCUCAGAAAGUGGCAAUCAAGUUUGGCAUGCGAACAAUUAUGCCUGAUCAACAGUGGUUGAAAAGCUUCAAGGAAAAAUUAAGUUGUUCAGCCAAGGUGGUAACUUGGUAAGUCAGAUGUCUGUGAGCCCUGCAGAUGGCAAGGACGCAGUCAGCUGCAGCAUGAAUAGUCGAACUAUGGUGAGAGAGGGCCAUUCAGUACCAUUUCAGUCCAUCUCAUCAGGCCACACAAUAUUGACUGAGCCUUCCAUCAAGACAUCAUUACCAUUAGAACCAGGUGGCCUGCCUUUACCUGAUCACAGCAGCGUUGGUGCAUUUCGAAGAAGGCAGUCUUGUCCUUUACCUGCUGUGACUACAUUCAGUCAUCAUCCCCACACAGUAAGAGGACGUCAGCAACUGAUGUCAUCAGUUGCAUCAUCCAGUACAUGCUCAGAUGGCCAAAAAGAGAGUCUCAUUGUGGAGCAGAUGGCAGAAAACACAUUUUUCUACAAAGCCGGGAAAUCUGGCACUGUUGCUCCCCAUCAUGAUGAAACGGAUGCAGGCCACAUCACCAUCAGUGCCAGUCCCAGCAUUAGCAGCAGUCGCAACUUCACGAUCAACGGUAACGAUAGCAAAGGCACGCAACACCUGACAAAAUUUAGCAGAAAUCGUGUCUCGCCAGCAACCAUCAUCAGCUUCCCACCGGAGGAUCAGGAGAUCAGUCAAGAGACCGUGAGCUCGGAGGCAGACAUCACAGAGGUGCAAUCCUCGCAUUGCCAGAAUCUCAGUCAGGAAAAGCAAGGUACCGACAGCCGCAGCACCGGCAACUCUCCACCUGGUUUCUACAUUGACUUAAACAACAUGGCAGAGGCAGUGCUGGAUGAGAUUCCGAACCAUGAUCAGAAUGUAAAUGAGAAUCUAGAGAGUCCAACAUCUGGGAUACACCGUAUAUCUUCAGAAUCAACUAUCAAACGUGAAGUGGAAGAGACAGAUGAUCGUAAAAAUGACCCUUACAAAGUCCUGGAACGUUCCCAGUCAGAUGCAUACUUGCUGCGGAACUCCCUAGAGACUGAAGAAGAGGAACUCGUGCAGGCCUGUUCACAAGAUCUGAGCACCAUGCGGAACGUGUCUGAGUGCAGUCGGGUGUAUCUUGAUCUGUCGCGUGCGGAGCCAUUUGAGCGCGUGGAGUUCACCGAGAGCAGCAUGGGCAUGUUCCGGUCAUCUUCAGGGAGACAACUGGAGACCAUUCCUCAGGAUGAGGAGCUCAAGACGGGAGAUCUUAGCUAUCUGUAUGCCACCCGGCGCUCUUUCUCAAAUGAUAGUUCAUCCAGCUUGGAGGAUGUGACUGGCUAUUCCAAGGUGAGGACCAAAGAAGUCUCUUCAGGCGUGAAGUUCGUCAAAUCAUCCAAGAUGCAGGAUAUGAUGAAGACAACCAAAACAAACCUUAAGUCCAGCAUCCAGAUCUACUCGCACACACUAAAGCAGAAAGUACGUACCCUGCAGAUGGGUUCUGUUCCUGAACAGAUUAAUGCCCUGGAAGAGCUGAAUGUGCUCAUGGAACAAGCCUGGUCUAUGCCGGUCUAUGGCAAGGACCUUGCCUACAGCUUAUGUGACAUCCUUCGCACUGAGAAGGCCUUGGACAUCAUCAUCAGCAAUUUGUCAACCACCAACCGCGAUCUCCUCAAAGCAUCAGCCCGCCUUUUGGAGCAAUCCUUGACUACCCACAACAGGAAGCAGAUUGCAGAGUGUGGUUUGGAAGCAGUGGUGAAAAUGACCAGGGACCGGCAGGGAGAUGUUGAGAUGGCCAGCUGCAUGACGGGCAUCUUGGAGUCGCUGUUCAAGACGUCGGAGGAGACUUGUUCACGUGUCAUCAAACUGGGAGGUCUAGAUGUCCUGAUUUACUGGUGUCGCUGCAAUGACCGCAUCACGCUGAAGCAUUGCGCCAUUGCCCUGUCUAACCUAGCCCUUUAUGGUGGACCAGACAACCAAGAGGAGAUGGCAAAGCACAGGGUGCCAGAGUGGUUGUUCCCCUUGGCAUUCAUCGACGACGACAGUACCCGCUAUUAUGCUUGCCUGGCCAUUGCUGUGCUUGUUUCCAACAAAGAGAUUGAGGCGGCAGUGCUGAAGUCAGGAACCCUGAGCCUCGUACGACCCUUUGUUGAGCUGCAUGACCCCCAGGAGUUUGCACAAAUGGACACCUCGCACCAGCACGGACGGUCCUCUGGGUGGCUUCGGCGCUUGGUGCCAGUGCUGACCAGCAAGAGAGAGGAAGCCCAAGCUCUGGCUGCAUUUCACUUGGCCAUGGAAGCUGGUAUCAAGGCAGAACAAGAUCGAAAGGAGGUUUUGUACGAGGUUGGAGCUGUGGAACCCCUCAAAUGGCUUGCCAGCACACCCAACUCAACUGCCUCACGACUUGCUGCUCAAGCUCUUAGAAUUCUGGGUGAACAGGUCCCCCACAAGCUUUCCCAGCAGGUUCCUCUGUGGACAACGGAGGACGUGGCCCAUUGGGUCAGCCAGGUGGGUUUUGCAGAUUUUGCGGACAGUUUUCGAUCAUGUCAGGUAGAUGGUGACUUGCUCUUGAGGCUGACUGAAGAGGAACUGAUGGAAAGCAUUGAGAUGGGGUGUGCCAUCACAAGGAAGAGAUUCCUUCGAGAGCUUAGAGACUUGAAAAUUUCUGCAGACUAUACAUCAUGUGACCCAACCAAGCUUAGUGAUUGGUUAGUGGAGGUGGGACCUGAGUUUUCACAGUACACCUACCAGAUGAUUUAUUCUGGUGUUGACAAGCAAACUCUUCGCUCGUUAAGCCACGAACAUCUGAGCAAGGACUGUGCCAUCACCAAUGGUAUUCAUCGUAUGAAGAUUCUCAGCAAAAUUGAAGAGCUGCGCAGCGCUGCAUCUAGUCCCACUGCACAACGUUCAGACACAACUGAUGGUGAUGUCUCAAGCAAGAAGAAACCCAUCGAUGUCUUCAUCAGCUACAGGCGCUCCAAUGGCUCACAGCUGGCAAGCUUGCUGAAGGUGCACCUGCAGCUGCGUGGCUUCACAGUUUUCAUUGACAUCGAGCGGCUGCGUGCGGGCAAGUUUGACGAGAGUCUGUUGGAGAGUGUGCGGCAUGCCAGUAACUUCAUAAUUGUUUUGACACCCAAUGCUCUCGAUCGGUGCGUUGGUGACGACGAAAAGAAAGAUUGGGUACAUAAGGAAAUUGUGGCAGCCAUCGAGGCUGGAGUAAACAUCAUCCCACUUUUUGACAAUUUUCACUGGCCCCCUGCCGAGCAGCUUCCCCAGGACAUGCGAAACUUGUCCUUUUUCAAUGGUGUCAGGUGGAUCCACGACUACCAGGAUGCCUGCGUCGACAAAUUGGAGCGUUUCAUUCGGGGGGAAGCUGCCCCAUCAGGUCGUGCUGCCACCCACAGCACCUCUAGCCUGAGUGGCCUGGAUGGCUUAGCAUCACCGUCUGGAUGCAGCACCCAGAACAUCUUGCACACUGCCGCUGACAAAAAGGCCUUUGAAGGUCCAUCCUCCUGCCCCAUUUUAAACUCUUCAGAAUCCUGAUUCCACCCUCACCCCCCCUUGGACAGAUGUGUAAAGGGAAAGUGGGGGAAAGCAGGCUAAGUUUGCUAAGCAAGACUUUGUGGUCAGUUGCGUUGACAGAGUGACCCAUAUUUUAGUGAACUGAUGUGCUGGAUUAAAAAAAAACAAACAACAAAUGCACCCAAGAUUUGGCAUGUGAACUUGUACAUUGUGUCCUGGGACAGUGUGGCCAGCAUUAGAGCGAGUCAUGGUUGAUGCUGUAGAGUGCAAAAAGUGAGGAAUGAUGGCUAAAAGCAGUACAUGAGGUGCAGAUCUAUAAUUAAUGAGUGUGAUUUGAGUGAGUGCUGCUGAGCAGGUUUAAAAAGUGAGGCAUUUCUUGAAACCUUGGACAUCCUAAUGCCUCUGUGGGAUUUAUCUCCUAACAUCUUUUUCUUUUGUCAUGUGUCCUUUUUUGCAGCUGCAGCCUAGUGCAUUUUAUUGCAUGUUAGAGUAUUAAUACAUGAGAAAUGUAAUCGGUGGAAGUCAUUAUUGCGUUUCGUGGUAAGGAGCGUAUGUAAGUGAUUUGUGUUUUAAUCUUACUGAGCACAGGCGCUAGUUUGCAAGCUUUUUGUUGAGCCUGAAUAUUGUUUUGCACAAACCUGUUGAAACUUAAACCAUUUUUUUAAUUCUUUUGUGCCUGCCUCCAGACAGACUGUCAGAGUUUUGUAUGAUUGAUUAAUGACAAAAAUCAUCAUUUUUAUUGUCCUUUAACCAGUCAUUGAAGAAGUAAGAAAUAUUGGAUGCAUAAUGGUAAUAGGAGAAGUAACAGUUUAAAACUGGUAAACAUGGAAAUGGUUAGUAAUGAUGUACACAAUUUUUAUGUUGUGAACCAUCAUGCUCAGUUCAUCUAAGAUCGUGUUAACUAUGCUUCCAUCUCUACUUACAGGCAAAUAGUAGAGGGACAUACGCAGACAGUAGAAAUUGUCCUUUAUGUCUAGUAACCAGUUUCUAAACCCCACAGGAUUUUCUGUGACUGAAAUGAGAAGAAGUAUUAAAUCUUAGUUCCCAAGCACUUGCACAUUUUUUUAUGGCUUUCUCCUUGUGUCAAGGAUUGUACAUGUGAACAAAUAAACACAAUAACAGAAUAACAGUCACAGAAAAUGUGAAAGGACUAAUAAACUCGGACAUCACCAUAUUCAUACUCUUUUGGCAAAUGUCAUUAUGCAACAGCAGCUGUUUACAUUUUGUCACACUGGCAGUUACCACAUUUCUAUCAGUAAUCAUGCAAAUUGAGCAUGGAAAUCGGUGUUCUGUAUACAUUUAUCAGCACCUUUCAUUGAGGACAAGAACUACAUUAAAACACAACAAACAGAAGAAAAUCAGGCACCAUACCAAUUUGUUUAGAAAAUAAGGAUUACAGACCUUGGGUGUUGAAAGUCAUUUUGCAAUGUUUGCUUGGGGUUAUUUAUUUCUAUCUGCUAAUGACAUGAAUCUGGGAUGUUAUUUGUCUUUGCUGAACAUGACUAUCCAGAGAGGCAAAUGUAUGGAUUAAAUCAGAUUCUGAUGAUUGGGCCACUUCGGAUGCGGAGGAGUUUGCUCUGUCUCACAUUUUGCAAAUAUUCUGAUGCUCAUGUUUGUAAAAGUAAUCUGUCGCUCAUCUGAUAAUAUUGACUUGCAAAAACUACUGCCCCAAAUGUGGUGGAUGGACUGGCAAGUCAUCUGCGUAUGCAAAGUUGCUCAUUUAUGUAUCUAGUCUGCUGCCAGAAAUGAUGCCUGUUCACACUUCCAUGAUGAAAAGCAGAAAAUGGUGACUGUAAAAAGGUAAAUGUGAAACACAUGAAAGUUCUGAGUAAUAGGAAAAACAAUGAAUCAUAACUUUAUGGUUCAAUUGUAUUUUUGUUUGCAAAUGAGGCAGUGACACUUCAUAAUUCCGUGCUGAAGGUCAAGAAGUCACUGGCUAAUCUUCAUUUCCACAUUUUCUGCUUUAUAAACACCCACCUGCUGUUUUAGAUGACAGCUUUGGACUUCAAGCAGAUAACAGAAAAAAGGACGAGAACAAAGCUUGCAGCAGCUUUUGAAAGAACUUUGAAAGAUAUCAGAAAUAGUAUUGAGAAUCUUUAGUAUAGAGGCUUUGAAAAGGAAUAAGCAGAGGUGAUCUAAAUAAAACAAAAGCAAAACGACAAAAAUCUUGUCAUCAAGGAUAACUUACCAACUGCCAUGUUGUGAAGUAUUUAUGUUUUAUAAAUUUAAAAAGGAAUAUGUUAAGAUUUUUUUUUUUUAAACUUGUGUGAAGUAUAACUAUGGUUAUGAUGUAAAAUGAGAAACAUCUGCCUCAGCAGAUGAUUUUAGUUUCAGAGAUGUUAGUUUUUAAAGAUUUGCUUUGUGUUAGGGAUCUUGAGUCUGUGGGAUAUCACAGCUUUUAAAUUAUUUCCAAAGAGAACAACCACUUGUGUGGGUUGGUUUUUUUUUUUGCGUACAUUAAUGCUCAUUACCUUAACACAAAAUGUUCGCAGGGUGUUAGCAUCAAGAGGGGUUCACAUCAUGUACACAUUCCCCUCACAUCAAAAUCUGUAAAUUAUGCUUUUGUUGUGUGUUAGAUUCCUGUGUGUUAUAGAAAAUUUGUUUGACUUACUUGUUUCCAAGCCCUUUUGUGCUUGCAGAAUCUGUAAGACGUUUAAAUGUGGUUAACGUUGAAGAGACCCUAUUAAACAGAACGAGAAAAUAAUUUCAAAGGAGGUGUUGGAGGCAAUAUAUGAAGCCAACACAAUGACGCAUAUAAAGAGUAUAGUGUGUGUGUGCAUGUAGUGUAUUAGUGUGAAAUGCACAGCAGGCAGCAGCGUAGAGCACAUAGGCUAUCAGACCCACAGCAGGGAAGGAGCUGUAUUGAACACAGAUGAGCAGUUAGGUAGAACAUAAACUCUGAAAAGCACAGGAUUAUAUUUGUGGGCAGCAGUUAAUAUUUUCCAGUUUUUACCAAUUUGCACCUGCUCUUCAGGUAACACGUUGGCAGUUCGGCAAUCACAUUACCUGUUGAAAUUAGAGCAGUCUUUUUUUUCCCUCUUUCCUAAAUAAGCCUGGAGUAAGUUUAUGAUCAAUAGACAUGCAACAGCCAGCACAGCAUGCUUUCGCCUCAUCAUGGGGGCUUGUACUCUAGAGCUGCUGAAUGAGGCUUGUCUGUGAGGUGCUGUGUGUUUGCUUCACACUAAUUUGUCGCACUGUAAGUGUGCAUAUGUCGUGGUGACAUAACAAGUGUCUCAGAGACACAGUGGCAUCGACAAACUACUGUUGAUGCCUUCCAUCCAGAACUAGGAGGUCAAACCCAGAAGCAGGACUGUUCUGGCGUCCAGCAAUGGCCACUUGUGGUGCAAUGAGCAACAGACUUGCUAUUCUGGAAGUGCUGAUGCAACUUUUUGUCUCUCCGUUCUAAGAGCCUGAGGUGAACAUAUGGAAAAUCAUAAUUGACAGACUUUAUUACACGUUUCCAUCCGCGAUAAGACCUUGACUGUUCAUGCAAUCAGUUUGUAACAUUUUAUGGUGAGUUUUUGUAUUGUUGUGUUUUGGUGCUUAGUAAAAUGAAUAUCAUGUGUUUCGAAUUCAUGCAAUACAAUUCUUCAUUCAUAAUCCGU